AUGGUGAUGCGUUUCCCUUUUCUCGACGUUGUGGCGUUGAGCGCUCUACCAGUCAUGCUUCAUUCUUCUCGAUCACCAUCCCCUACAUGUUGUGUGGAUGCGUCGGAACACUUGAAAGUGCUCGUCGAGUUGACCGAUUGCAAGGAAAAGUACUACCGCCUGGGCGCAGACCUUCGUCAGCUCAAACUGCGAGCGCUUGAAACGGCUGCCAAGACAAGCCACAAAAACAGCAUGGGCGAAGACAACCAGCAGCAACAGCAGCAGCAGGAUCUAGGGGACGCCCUCGGUCGACAUGAAACCUUGCGACACGAGUUUGCGCAGUUUCGACGCGACUCUGAAAGGCGGGAGCGACUAGCCCAAGCUCGUAUGGACGCCUUGGUCCAGGACUUGGAGAUGGCCAAAGCAUAUGUAGACAAGAUUGAACAGGCCAAGAUCUCGGACGACACGGUGCAGUUGCUACGUCGGCAACUUCGAGACAAGAGCAACGACAUGGAUGUGGUCGUGGAAGAGAACCAAGUCCUGCGGGAGGACCUCGAUCGAGAACGAGCGCGUCGGAAAGAAAUCGAGCGAGACUGCGACAAGUGUCGAACCAGAGUGCAGGAAUUGCAGAUCGAGUUGGCUGCACAUAAACAUCGUCACAGGCGAAUCAACGACGACGGUGACAAUGACGACGAGGAGGCGACGACGGGCGUCCUGUCGCAAUUGAUUGCAGACAACAAACGAUUGAGUGCGUUACUGAUGGACACGGCGGAGUUUGCACGCUUUCGAAUGCAUGAGACAUUGGUUGGCGCGUCGUACGUUGAAAGGCCACCACAAGACAACUUAGAUGCGUGGGGUCGCCUGGUGUCGGAGUUGCUUCCGCGGUACUUAGCACCCAAAAACGCUGUCACACAUCCAACUACACUCAAGAGCCGGUCAGAGCCAACUAGCUCGGGGAUGGACGAAGAGCUACGGUGGGUGCCAUCGCACGUGCUGCAUCUCGUGCGGAGCUUUCAACGGCGCCAUUGCCCCACCGUGUCGCCCCACCUAUUUGUAUCAUGGGGUAGAUACAUGGGUGCUCCAGUUGCACAAAGGGUGGCACGACCGAUGUACCACCAAACUCCGCCACGUCACAGAACGGCAUCGCAAACGCGAAGCCGAAUUGCGUCGCCAGUUGCAGCACACGACGCCCUACGACGCGGUAGUUCACACCCGUGAAAUUGAACGCCUUCGACAAGAUGUCCUGGACCUGACUCAAAAGCUGCUCCGUGGCGGCAAAGGCGGCGGUCGAGCGUCACGUCCUAACCACUAACUACUGUACCCCCC